GUAAGUAUUUCAUUCUGGAAAAGAUCAUAAGAGAUCCUCGGUGUUUCAUCCUAUCAAUGAAGGGCUUUGCCACACUCUUUUGUUUAUCAUUUUUCUCAAUAUCCACUGCAGUGGACACCUUGAAUGUAACUCAGUCAAUUAGAGAUGGAGAGACGAUAGUUUCAGUAGCUGGAAUAUACGAAAUAGGAUUCUUUAGCCCCGGUGCUAGCAGGAAAAGAUACUUGGGAAUAUGGUACAAGAAAAUGUCUGUCCAGAAUGUUGUAUGGGUGGCCAACAGAGAAGUGCCCCUCAAUGAUUCAUCAGGUGUGCUAAAAGUUACCAACCAGGGGAUUCUAGUCCUUCUAAAUCAUGAUGGUGGCAUCGUUUGGUCUUCCAACGCAUCCAAACCUGUUCGUAGUCCAGUAGCACAGCUCUUGAAUUCAGGAAACCUCAUUGUGAAAGAGAAGAAUGACACUAAUCCUGAAAACUUCUUGUGGCAGAGCUUUGAUUAUCCUUGUGAUACACUUCUACCAGGCAUGAAGCUAGGAAGGAACUUCAAAUCAGGUCUGGAUAGUUACCUGUCAUCCUGGAAGAGUCUUGAUGAUCCUUCUCGUGGUAAUUUCACAUACCGGUAUGAGGUUGGUGGAUUUCCAGAGCUGAAACUGAGAGAGGGAUCAAUCGUCCGUUUUCGCAGUGGCCCUUGGAAUGGAAUGCGGUUUAGUGGCACAACUGGACUAAAACUAAACCCUAUAUUUACUUUCGGAGUUGUGUUCAACAAGAGGGAGGUAUAUUACAGUUACAAGGAUCGUAAGGAGUCAAUUCCUUCGAGGAUGGUGUUAACUCAGAAUGGACUUUGGCAGCGCCUCAAUUGGAUUGAUAGAAAACAAAGUUGGGAUGUUUAUACAACAGUACAAAAGGAUGACUGCGACAAUUAUGCACAGUGUGGUGCAAAUGGUAGCUGCAACAUAAAUGACUCCCCUGAAUGCAGUUGCUUGAAAGGAUUUGUGCCGAAAUUUCCAAAUCAAUGGAACAUUAAACAAUGGUCAGAUGGGUGUGUCCGAAAGACACCAUUAAACUGCUCUACUGAUGGCUUUAUAAAGUACUCUGGGGUCAAGUUGCCAGAUUCAGGAAAAUCCUGGUUUAACUACAGUAUAAACCUUGAUGGGUGCAAGAAUCUCUGUAAAAAAGACUGCUCCUGUACUGCUUAUGCAAAUUUGGAUAUACGAGGAGGAUGGAGUGGUUGCCUGCUUUGGUUUGUUGACUUGAUUGAUAUUAGAAAUUUCACUGAAAAUGGGCAAGAAAUUUAUAUAAGGAUGGCUGCAUCAGAACUAGGCCAAACUCAGAGUACUAAAUCCAAUGGCAAGAAAAGAAUGAGGAUUGCAGUCAUGUCUGUAAUAUCUGCAGCAGUGUUGAUCUUCGGGCUAGCCCUGGUCAUGUAUUGUUGGAGGAAGACGUACCGUAUAAUGCCUGGAUUGCUGAACUUUCUCCAUGUAAUCAGUUCUAAUGUCAAAAAUCUUAAGGAGGAUCUAGAGUUACCAUCUUUUGACUUAUCCACAAUUGCCUGUGCAACCGAUAACUUUUCGCCAGAAAAGAAACUCGGAGAAGGUGGCUUUGGAUCUGUCUAUAAGGGUGUCUUCAAGAAUGGACAAGAGUUUGCUGUGAAGAGGCUAUCAAAGAGUUCUAGACAAGGACUUGAUGAGUUCAAAAAUGAAGUCAUACACACUGCAAAACUUAAGCACAGGAACUUAGUGACACUUCUAGGAUGCUGUAUUGAAGCCGAUGAAAAGUUAUUGAUCUAUGAAUUUAUGCCUAACAAAAGCCUCGACUUCUUUAUUUUUGAUCAAUGUCAAAGCAUGUCACUUGAUUGGCCUACUCGUUACCACAUUAUCAACGGGAUAGCUCGUGGGCUCCUUUAUCUCCAUCAAGAUUCAAGGCAAAGAAUAAUACACAGAGAUAUGAAAGCUGGUAAUGUUCUAUUAGACAAUGAAAUGAAUCCGAAAAUUUCAGACUUUGGCCUGGCUAGAGGUUUUGGAGAAAAGGAAGCCAGAGCUAGUACAAAGAAAGUGAUUGGAACAUAUGGUUACAUGGCUCCAGAGUAUGCAAUUAAUGGAGUCUACUCGACUAAAUCUGAUGUCUUUAGCUUUGGUGUACUGGUACUAGAGAUACUGAGUGGGAAGAGAAACAGGGGAUUCUGCCAUCCAGAUCACCAGCAUAAUCUCCUUGGACAUGCAUGGAGACUAUUUGUUGAAGGGAAAGCAUUGGAGUUAAUUGCAUCACCAAUUAGGGAAACCAGCAAUCCUUGUGAAGUGCUACGGUCAAUUCAUGUAGGUCUGUUGUGCGUGCAACGAAGUGCACAAGACAGACCAAACAUGUCUAAAGUGGUUCUGAUGUUGGGUACUCAAGGUCCCUUGCCUCAGCCUACACAACCAGGUUUUUUCACCGAAAGGGAUCUGGUUGAACCCAGUUCUUCAUCAGGGCAUCGCAAACUGGUGUUGUCUAAUGAUUUCACCAUUACAGAAGUAGAAGCAAGAUAAUUGACAUCACUUAGAAAUGAUCAUUGUCAUUCUUAAUCAUUUUUAUUUUACAGAUGCUUUUGUUGAUUAAGGUUAACCAUGCUUUCCUUCAUGUAAAUUUGAGCAUGAGAAGCAAAGCUAAAACCCAAUGUGAAGAAUAAAGAUGAGAGGACAAUAUGGUUAUCUCUGUAUUGUUUGAAAGAGUAUACUGAAUAUUGUAAAGCUAGCCCUGGUCUUGAAUGUUUGGGAACUAGAGAUAUUAUUGAAUUUAAGAGCUUGCAUGAACUAUGAUCAUCUGCAUGCAUGUGCAGAUGACU